AUGUAUUGGAUAUUUUCGAGCGCUCUGGUUGUUCAUCUCGCUGUUAUAGGGUCUUGUUGGCCCUAUGAUGAAGCCCUCGUUGACUACAACAUCAAUGAAAAUGAAACGGCCACAAACCCAGCCGAUUACUGGGGGGAAUGGCCGAAUCAUACCUAUUUCCCUUCUCCUGAGAAUUGGCGCUUUCCUAUGUACACCCUCUUCCUUGAUCGAUUUGUGAAUGGGGACCCAACAAAUGAUAACAUCAAUGGAACACUGUUUGAACACGAUUUAAACUCAAAUCAAAUGCGCCAUGGUGGGGAUGUUGCUGGGUUGAUUGAUACUUUGGAUUAUCUCCAGGGAAUGGGCAUCAAGGGCAUAUACCUUGCUGGACUGGUCUUGAUGAAUCAGCCUUGGGGUUCAGAUGGCUAUUCUGCGCUUGAUACUACUCUAUUGGAUCAGCACUUUGGUACUAUCCAGGCUUGGAGAGAUGCGAUCACGGAAAUCCACAAACGUGGCAUGUAUGUCAUUUUUGAUAACACCGUUUCAACCAUGGGAGAUCUGAUCGGCUUCGAAGGGUACCUUAAUACGACCACCCCGUUCCUAUUGACCGAGCAUAGGGCACAGUGGAAAUCAGACCGACAAUAUGUGGACUUUCAUUUCGGCAAUUCAUAUAAUGAGACAUGCGACUAUCCUCAAUUCUGGAAUGAGACAGGCUUUCCAGUGGGGCAUCACGUCUUGAAUAAACUUAAAGGAUGCUAUGAUUCAGACUUUGACCAAUAUGGCGAUAUUGAAGCCUUUGGUGUCUACCCUGACUGGCAGCGUGAACUUGCGAAGUUUGCAUCUGUCCAAGAUCGCCUCCGCGAGUGGAGACCUAGUGUUAGAGAGCGACUCAUUCGACAUUCUUGUAUGAUCAUUUCCUCACUCGACAUUGAUGGAUUUCGCUAUGAUAAGGCCACUCAAGCCACGGUGGAUGCACUAGGUGAUAUCUCAGGUUCCUAUCGAGAUUGUGCCAGAAAGCUCGGUAAAAACAAUUUUUUCCUCCCCGGAGAGAUUACAUCCGGAAAUACACUAGGCUCAGUGUUUCUUGGUCGUGGCAGGCAGCCUGAUAUGCUCCCGGAGACUCUGGAUCAGGUAUUUCAUCUGAAUCAUUCAUCUGACUUUCAAUACUUCCUUCGUGAUGAGAACCAGCAGGCUAUAGAUGGUGCCGCUUUUCAUUAUUCCGUCUAUCGGGCUCUCACUCGCUUUUUGGGUAUGGAUGGUAACCUCGCUGCUGGCUAUGAUAUUCCAGUCAAUUGGACCGAAGCUUGGUAUGAGAUGCUUCUGACCAAUGAUAUGAUUAACGCCAACACUGGCAAAUUUGACCCUCGUCAUAUGUACGGAGUCACGAAUCAGGAUGUGUUCCGCUGGCCAACUAUAGAACAUGGUCUUGAGAGACAGCUUUUGGCGCUGUUCAUUACCACGCUGCAUCUUCCUGGGAUUCCUCUGCUACUCUGGGGAGAAGAGCAAGCGUUUUAUAUUUUGGAUGCCACAGCCUCCAACUACAUUUAUGGUCGUCAAGCAAUGUCCCCAGCGACAGCAUGGAAGACCCAUGGCUGCUUCAAUUUACCUUCUACUCAAUAUUUCCAAUGGCCGAUCAAAAAGGGAAAAUUAGGUUGCCACGACGAGGCUGCCGCAUAUGACCACAGGGAUCCAUCGCAUCCAAUCCGAAAUACGAUCAAACAUAUGUACCAAAUGCGACAAGAUUUCCCGGCGCUCAACGAUGGAUGGUGGGUUCAGCAGCUCUCAAAUCAGACACACAACAUCUACUACCCUGGAUCGAAUGGUAUCCCCACUGAAACUGGCAUGUGGUCUGUUCUGCGUAGUCCAUACUACCCGAUGCAAGAUCUUGGAGAAAAAGGGAGUCAAACUGUCUGGCUGGUCUAUCAGAACGACAACAAAACUGUGACCUAUAACUUCAACUGCUCGGAUCGAAACUUGGCCCUCGUUUCUCCAUUUGGCACAAACACGACCGUCAAAAACCUAUUCUUUCCUCACGAUGAAUUUACUCUAAAGAAAAGUCCGACUCGGCUUAACCUCAACGGUUCAACGGAAUGGAAUGGCUGUCUGGACAGUUUAACUCUCAAACCUUACGAGUUCAAAGCGUACGUUCCCAAGCACAAAUUUAUACCACCGAAACCCAUGAUCACGAAGUUUAUUCCGGGCCACGAUGUUCCUGUUCUUUCGAAGGCACCUCCUGGAGGUAGCGAGGCUCUUGAAAUUGGCCUUUAUUUCUCUACCGAAAUGAACUGUAGCAUGGUUACAGAUUCAAUCUCAAUCGAAUCAACAACUGAAAAGGGAAUGACCCCCUCAGUGGAUUUUGACAGUGUCCAAUGUGAUACUAUCUUUGUAGAGGGAGAGCCUGAUCUUACCGGCCACCUUCAUAGUGUCUGGGCUUGGACUGGAACUUUGAAGGGUGUGUACAACGGUAUUCAUCGACUGACUGUCAGAAAUGCAACUAGUAUCGAUGGACGGAAAACAGAGGCUAUUGAUCACUUCUUAAUUCGAAUCGGUAAGGAUGACAAUCCGAUGAUCUUUAGCUCGGCCAACUACUCCAACAGUCUACUUUAUCAACGUGAAAAGGGCAAUCUCUUCAUUCAACAGCAUGCUUCAGGCGCAGAUAUGUAUCGCUACUCAACAAAUUGGGCCAGUGACUUCUCUCCUUGGCUCCCAUACGAGGGUGGGAAUCACACGAUCCAAGAGCAACCUUGGUCAGGGACAAAACACCAACGAUGGAAGGGAAAACAUGUGAGGGUGGAGUAUUGGAGCCGUUUCACAGGAAGUAGCGAUUAUGUUCAAGAAGGAGACACCCCUGAUUGGAAUCCGGCAAUGCCGCGACGAUUUCCUCAUCUAUUUUUUAACGGCCCAUUCAACGAGUACGGCUUCGAUGCCGGGUUACCAAACUCGGUGAAACAAGAUACCGAUGGGAUUUGGAAAUUCCGUUUCAUUGCUGAGUGGCCUGCUCAAGGUCAGCUUAAUGUCUGGGGUAUCAAUCCGGAUGGUCAACCAGAUCAAAACUACAUAUUUGGUGAUUCUGAUGGAGACUCGGUCUUGGACCGUAUGCCCCCAUCUUCACUCAGUACAACAACAAUCAACAUCACUGAACAUCCGCCUGAUCCAUAUCUAGCUUGGAGGAUUCAACUUGAUGAUGCGACUUUGAAAUUCCAGCUCGUACCUGCUGGCUCAAAGUAUGUCCAGAUGGCUCUGUUCUUCUUGCUAUGGACUGUUCCUUUGAUCACUGCAAUCACAUGCGCAUAUGUUUUCAAGAAGUCUUUCUAUCGCAUCAAAUUCAACCAGAUGGGAGUCAGUGAAAAGAAAACUCUGAUCUCGUUGGAGUUCCUCGAUCGACUCAAAACUCAACCUGGAGAUUCAAGCAAUCUUUUUGUACGUCUAGCAAAUAAGUCGAAGUUUCUCCAAAGCAGCUCCGCAUUUGGGAACCGAACGUCUCACCGCAGAAAGAUCCUUGUCGCAACAAUGGAAUAUGAUAUUGACGACUGGGGAAUCAAAAUCAAGAUCGGUGGAUUGGGUGUCAUGGCACAGCUAAUGAGCAAACAGCUCGGGCAUCAAGAUCUAAUCUGGGUAAUCCCGUGUGUUGGGGGAGUUAGGUAUCCGAUCGAUGAACUAGCCGAAUCAAUGUUCGUGGUGAUCUUGGGGAACUCGUACGAAAUCAAAAUUCAAUACCAUCAUCUAAGAAACAUCACAUAUGUUCUCCUGGAUGCGCCUGUUUUCCGCCAACAAACUGUCUUAGAGCCCUACCCGGCAAGAAUGGACGACAUGGACAGUGCCAUAUAUUACUCGGCCUGGAAUCAAUGCAUUGCUCAAGCCAUCAGGAGGUUUCCAGUUGACUUGUAUCACAUCAAUGACUAUCAUGGCUCACUCGCACCUCUUUACCAGUUACCAGAGACCAUUCCGAUCUGCCUUUCGCUUCAUAAUGCAGAAUUUCAAGGCAUGUGGCAGAUGCGAACGCAGAAAGAGAAGGUCGAGGUUUGCUCUGUCUUCAAUCUCGACAUUGACGUCGUUGCCCGUUAUGUUCAAUUUGGCGAGAUCUUUAAUCUCCUCCAUGGUGGAGCGAGCUAUCUGCGUCUUCAUCAACAGGGCUUUGGUGCCGUGGGAGUCUCGAAGAAGUAUGGCAAGCGCUCGUAUGCGCGUUUCCCGAUAUUUUGGGGCUUGAGGAAGGUCGGCAAUCUUCCAAAUCCUGACCCAUCUGAUACCGGGGAGUGGAACAGAGAAUUGCCUAUAGAGAGCCAAAUCAACGUUGACAGCGAGUAUGAGAUUCGAAGAGCUGAGCUAAAACGGCAAGCGCAAGAAUGGGCUGGCUUAGACCAGAUACCUGAUGCAGACCUUUGCGUCUUCGUAGGAAGAUGGUCAAUGCAGAAAGGAAUUGACCUCAUAGCUGAUGUGAUGCCCUCUGUGUUGGAGGCUCGACCUCAUGUUCAGCUUAUAUGUGUGGGACCUGUCAUCGAUCUCUAUGGUAAGUUUGCAGCAUUGAAGUUAGACCGAAUGAUGAAGCUCUAUCCCGGUCGAGUUUUGUCCAAGCCUCAGUUUAAUGUGUUGCCCCCAUAUAUUUUCUCGGGAGCAGAGUUCGCUUUGAUACCCUCUCGCGAUGAGCCAUUUGGUCUGGUGGCUGUUGAAUUUGGCCGCAAGGGAGCUCUCGGCAUCGGCGCUCGUGUCGGAGGACUUGGCCAAAUGCCUGGUUGGUGGUAUACAGUUGAGUCGACGACGACAAGCCACCUACUCAAGCAGUUCAAACUUGCUAUUGAUAGCGCUCUAAAUUCGAAACCCGAAGUCAGGGCCAUGAUGCGUGCACGUUCAGCUAAACAGCGGUUCCCCGUGGCACAAUGGAUCGAAGACUUGGAAAUUCUCCAGUCAACAGCUAUUCGGGUUCAUAACAAGGAGCGCGACAAGUCUCAGGCACCGUCGGCGAUCACAGCCUCGGCAUAUAACGCUAUUUACGGGAUGAUGACUCCGCAGGCUGCUGUGUCAACGAAGUCAGGUGCAUCAAGUGGAACGCUGACCCCGCCACUACAACCAUCUGGCCGUCCAGGAAGAGCUGCACCAUUGCAGCGUAGCUCUGUGAUCUACAGCCGGGAUCCGAGCCCUGGAGGUGGAGGAGAUGGUAGAUCGAAAUCUGGACUAGGUCGGCAAAUGUCUUUUACACCUGUGUCUGCGCCAUUUGAGGGGAAUGGCAGACACGAUCGAAGCACCGGUGACAUGGAUGAAACAAGUGUUGUUCUGGAAGAUGAUAGCGAUGAAGAAAUGAUGUCCACUUGCUACGGCGAAGAUGAUUAUUCAAUGGGACUGGAUUCUCAACUUCAAGAUACAGGGCUUUCAAUUACACCCACUCCCCACUCUCAUAGUCUUCCUCUCACUCGAGAGGUUCUCUCAGGCCGCCAGAGCUCUCUUGCUGCAAGGUCUAUUGGCACAGCUUCCAGCUCGACAGCACCAAGUAUAAAUGGUACAGAAGAUACACUUCUUCCGCCAUCGACGCCAUGGGCAGAGCCUGGAAGUCGUCUCAACAGUGCAUCAGCUUUAUCAGUUGAUUCUGUUGUUGGAGACAAGAAAGACUAUAAACUGCAGAAGGUAGAUCCGUUCUUCACCGACAGCAAUGGCGAGUACUACAGAGCCUUUGAGAAGAAACUUGAGGAUCUCAGCGGCACAAAUUCAGAUUCUCAACUAUGCAUUGAGCAAUAUCUCGAGAAGAGCGAAAAGAAGUGGUUUGAUCGUUUCAGAGAUGCACGUUUAGGACACAAUCAAUCUCCUGCCCCUUCUAGGGAAUUUGGCAAGGCUGGUGGCGCUUCACCUCCUGAAUCGAUCACAAACGACGAUACGACAUCUCAUGAAAGUGGAACGCAAGAGAGAAAAGGAGCUGGAGACGAAUUUCUUCUUGGAGAUGGCUAUGUUCCGCCAACUGGUCUCAAAAAAUGGAUGCAGAUGCGUCUUGGAGAUUGGCCUGUAUAUUCUCUCUUCCUCGGUCUGGGACAGAUCAUUGCCGCAAAUUCAUAUCAAAUUACCCUGCUCACUGGUGAGGUAGGACAAGGUGCGGCAAAACUGUACGGCAUCGCGACUGUAUAUCUCAUCACAUCCGUUCUCUGGUGGUUGUUUUUCAGGUUUUGCAAAUCCGUGAUCGUUUUAACAGUGCCAUGGUUCCUAUACGGCCUCGCAUUCUUUAUCAUUGGUGUCGCACACUUCGAGUCCAACUCGUUCAAUCGCGGGUGGAUCCAGAACGUUGGAAGCGGCAUCUACGCAGCUGCAUCCUCAAGUGGCUCUAUCUUCUUUGCGCUGAAUUUUGGAGACGAGAGCGGCGCGCCUGUCAAGAAGUGGGUUUUCCGCGCUUGCUUGAUUCAAGGUACUCAACAGAUCUAUGUUAUUGCACUUUGGUAUUGGGGUUCGAUCUUGACCAAGGCGUCUAAUGCUGGCAUCGCCAACGUUCAGGGCAACAUCACAAACACUUGGAAAAUGACUGCAAUCUGUACGCCAAUCUCACUAUUCUUGUGGACGAUGGGCUUGUUGGUAUACUUCGGCUUGCCGAACUACUACCGCCAAACACCAGGCAAAGUUCCUUCAUUUUAUAGAUCAGUUUUCCGGCGCAAGAUUGUCAUUUGGAACUGGAUUGUUGUCAUUUUGCAGAACUUCUUUUUAAGUGCUCCUUACGGUCGGAAUUGGAACUUCCUCUGGAUAUCAAAUCACGCCAAACCAUGGCAAAUCCUCUUACUUUGUGUGGUCUUCUUUGGUUUUGCCUGGAUAGCAAUUCUGUUCCUUCUGGGCUGGAUAUCCAAAUACCAUAGCUGGAUCCUCCCCAUCGUCGCCUGUGGCCUUGGUGCACCUCGCUGGGCCCAGAUAUGGUGGGGAACAUCAGGAUCAGGGCUCUUCCUUCCAUGGGCAGGAAGUUACACUUCAGGAGCUUUAGUUUCUAGAAGUUUAUGGCUAUGGCUAGGUGUCCUUGACGCAUUGCAAGGGUUAGGCUUCGGUAUGAUCUUGCUCCAGACCUUGACGCGUAUGCAUAUCUGUUUCACAUUGCUCGUCUCGCAAGUCCUUGGUUCUAUUGCGACUAUCUGUGCAAGAGCCUUUGCGCCCAAUAAUAUUGGGCCUGGGCCUGUGUCGCCAGAUAUCACGGCUGGCGCUAGUGCGUUGGCUAAUGGGUGGUUUUGGAUUGCGCUGUUUUGUCAGCUUGCAAUUUGUGGUGGCUUCCUUCUCUUCUUCCGCCGGGAACAACUUUCGAAGCCCUGA